GGGGACACCAUCCCCGGGCCUCCAAUCACUGGCCCUGCCCUGGGCUCUGGUGGUGGGGGAGGUGGCUCCGUUCUCAGUAGCUCCUAGUUUUGGGAGCCAAGGAAGUCCAGGAGGCCUUUGGAGAACUGGGCUUAAGGCUGUGGGGAGGUCCAGCCCUCCUGUGCUGGCGGCCUCCCAGCUCUCCAUCUGGCAGUCGCGACCCCACCCCGGCGCCUCUGCUCACUGGCACAGGGGGAUCUGGGGUGCGAGAUCUCGUUCCGCUUCACCCUGUCUUGUAUUUAUGGGGUCAAGCCCUCCUCUUUGAAGCCCACGGGUCCUCUCCCAGCACCGGGCUGCACCCAGUGCAGAAACUUUGCCUCCUGUCCGGAGGAACCCUUCUGGCUGAUCCAGCAGUGCCCGAUGUGGAACCCACACCGGACCAAGCCUUCGCCUCCCAGAGGCCCUCCUGGCCCAGCCUCUGAGAGCCACACCUCUGAGCCCUGUCCCCUGGCCUGUAGGCCAGGGGACAGGCUGCCCAGGGCUCCGGGAGGCCGGGGCUGUAGAUGAGGGUCUCAAAGGUGGUGGUAACACUCCACCGCACCCCAAGCUCCUGGACAUUUCUUUAGAGCUUUAAAAUGGCACCUAGAGACCAUAAGGUGCUGGUGAUCAGAUUGGCUGCUGCCUGGGCCCAACCACUUCUUACUCUCAAAACAAGGUGUGGCAGGCUGAGGGUGCGGCCCAGGAGGGAGGCAGGUGGCCUGGGAGACUCCGGGACCCUCAGGGGGCCUGUGUCUCGGCACUGCAGCUCCAUGCCCUGCUCCUUUCCUCCAGAACAUUCCCCUCUGGGGCCAGAGAAUUGUGUUGGCACCAGGACUGCAUCCUUGCGUGUGUACGAUCGAGCCUGGGUGUCCUGUUCUCAUGAGCAAGCGGUUUUAACCAACAGCAUCAUUUGGACUGGCUGACAGGGCUGGGGGAAGGUCCGUUCCUGAGGCUGGGGUGCAGUGCCUUGGAAAGCACCCCCAAAGAGUAGACCUUGUGGUUUGUGUACCCUGCAACCAUUCUUUGACUUAGAGCAAGAAUUUCCGCUGCCGCUACCCCCGAGAUGGGCUUCACCAGAUGUUAAUAACGUGCUUAUUUUUGCUAAGUGCUAUUUUGGCACCGGUGUUAGUUGCAAUUUACAUUCUGCAGCAUUCGAUGCUGGGAAAAGAACCCACCCUAAUGGUUCAUUGGCAGAGCUGGGCUGUUAAGCGACGGACCAUAUGCUGCCUGCUGGAGGAGCAUGGUCAGCACUUGUCCCUGUGCCUGCAUGUGUGUGCCUGCGUGCAUGUGUACUUGCGUGCACGUGUGCCUGCGUGCGUGUACCUGUUUGCGUGUGCCUGUUUGUGUGCCUGCAUGUGUGUGCCUGGGUGCACGUGUACUUGCGUGCACGUGUGCCUGCGGGUGCAUGUGCCUGCAUGCUCGUGUACUUGCAUGCACGUGUGCCUGUGUGUGUACCUGUUUGUGUGUGCCUGUGUUUGUGCCUGCGUGCGUGUGCCUGUGUGGGUGUGGGUGGGUAGGAGAGACUGGGGGUUGGAGGGAGGGUGGAGGGAGAGGGUAUUUAUCCCUUUGUUCUUAAAAAGGGAGAGCCCCGACCUCUCUGGCUGCUCCCUCCUGCCUGUGCCCCAAGCUCACCCCAGACCUAGCUGCUGUUUCUUCUCCUGACUCCCUCCCAGCCCUGUGGCCCUGUGGCCUGUGACCCGGCAGCCCUGUGGCCUGCCGCCUCCACCCUGCUGCCUGUUCCACAUCACCAAGACACAUAGGCCACCACAGGGCUUCCAAAGAUGGCCCGGGGAAGGCACUUGAGCCUGAGGACCCAGAGGAAAGGUGCCUUUCUGGGCCUUGGGUUCUCCUCUCUGCUGUGAGAGGCUUUUCUCAUUUUCAAGGGCCCAUCCAGCCCAGGGGAACUGGGCGAGGGCCUCCUCCUUCUGCAGCAGAGGGGCCAGGCUCUGUCCCUGCCAUCAGAUGUCCCCAGAAGACACGAGCCUGAGAGACUCUUUCUCCAAGAAGGCCUCCCGGGACCUGUGUGUUCACAGGACAGGAGGACACUCACUGCUUCGACCCAGGACUGCGGCCAGGAGGGGCUGGGCUCCUCUGGUGCUGAAAAACAAGCGAGGGGUGCCCGCCACCUGGGCAGCGCCUUCCCUCAGCUACUCCCUGUGCCCGGACCCAGAGCCGCUGGACUUUUUGCCGAGGGGACUGGGGCUGGGCUCAGGCUUGGGCCCGGGGUCUCAGAGGGGUCAGGCAUAGAGCAGUAGGGCUGCGACAGUGGAGGGCCGGGCCCCACUGGCUGAUGAGGUUCCAGAACAGUGCCGCGGCCUCGGGGGUGCUGCAGUGCUCCUGCCAGGAUGGACGGUGCCAGAGGCUUUGGUAGCGGGGGAGCCGCCUCCAUUCCCCAGCAGGCAGUGCCGGGGCAUCCUCCCACCUCCUCUUGCCCUGUUAUCUGCUCCUUUUAGGAUCUGAAAAUUACAGAGCUCUUUUUUGGAAGGGAGUCUUGCUCUGUCACUGAGGCUGGAAUGCAAUGGCAAAAU